GUCUGCUUAGUCAGAAAAGGUUAUCCUUGACCAUGUUCCCACAGGUUCUCAUUCGCUGAUGGUUUUUGCCACAUACAUUGCUGGACAGACACAGUUUCCUGAGUUCACUCUUGUGCUGAUGUUAGAUGAUGUGGAAGUGAUGUACUAUGACUCAGUAUCUUUGAAAGCUGUCCACCGCAGUCAGAGUAAUUCAAGUGAUGACAAUGCGGGUAGUAUAUUCAGUGAUAUAUAUGACAUCAUGAAAGAUCGAACAUUUUAUCUUAAGGACCACCAUAAUUGCACAGAUGGUUUGCAUGUUUAUCAGAAACGUGUUGGAUGUGAAUUGCUUGACAAUGAUCUGCCAGGUUUGUUUCUUUCAUUGGAUGCUUUUAAUGGACAAAAUACUGAAGAGUUCACCUUUGACGUGGUAAAAAGAACUAUGCAAAUUAAUUUACCAUGGAUGAGAAUAAAAGGCAUGGGUCAGGUGGAAUGGAUUCAUGUGAAGUUUCUGUAUGAACAUAUUUAUCACCCUGUUUGCAUGAAGACUUUGCGGGCAUUCCUGGAAAAAGAAAAGAACACUGUGAUGCGAAGAUUGAAACCCAAGGUAAGACUCUUUAGAAAGCCUCUUACAGACUCUCAAAGGCUUCAGAUCAGCUGUCUGGCCACUGGUUUUUACCCCCGUCACAUUAACCUGACCCUGUUCAGAGAUGGUCAGCCUGUGGAUGAUGAUCAGAUCACAGGAGGACAGAUUCUGCCCAACGGAGACGGAACGUACCAGAUGAGGAAGAGUUUGGUGAUCAGUGAAGAAGAGCUACAUGACACAUAUUACAAAUGCACAGCAAACUACCUAGACCUGGACAACAAACUGGACAUUGCUUUUGAUGAGGAUCUAGAAAAAACUGACUUUGGAUCCUCUGCUCUGUCUAUAAUUAUCAGUGUGCUGCUGUCCAUGUGUGUGGCUGUUCUCAUCAUAACUGCACUCAUCCAGUGGAGGAAGAGACGAGCUGCUGGUAACUGA